AUUUCCGGCGCGCCGUGAUAAAGUAUAUGUACUAGUUACUGGCAACUGCCAAUAAUUUGACUGAACGAGGAAAUGUAAAAAAAAAAAAUAUAUAAUAUAUAGGAUUUGGUAGUCUCUAGACUGCCAGUGUGUAAUUUAAAUGCCAUUUGUCAAGUAAUUACCGCUUUUAUUGUUAUGACUGAACAAAACUCUCACCGAAUGUAGUAUAAUUUUGAAAAUGCAUUAAUUUGUUCACACUACCAUGUUGGAAUCAGAAGCUGGUCGUUGGACGAGUUUGUUUCCAACAAAAAAAUCAUUGUUCAUAUUUGUUUUGUACAUUGUUCUCUCGAUCAAUCACGGUUUGUUAGUAAAAAUAUCACAAGUCACCGAGACGGGGUUGUAUGAUUACAACGUUAUUUCAGUUGUUCUUCUGACCGAACUAUGUAAACUGCUGAUAUCACUUCUUCUAUUUUGUAAAGAUAAUCCAAUAAGAAGCAUUAUUGAUAAGACCAAGGAAAACUCUACACUUUUGUUCCUUUAUAUGAUACCGGCAUUUCUAUAUUGUUUUUACAAUAACUUGGCGUUCAUAAACCUAUCAAUAUUUGACCCGACAACAUAUUUCAUUCUACUUCAACUGCGUGUGCUAUUAACUGGAAUUGUUUACCAGUGUUUGUUUCAAAAAAAACUCAGCAAUAUUCAAUGGCUAUCGUUAGUUCUAUUAACCAUUGGAUGCAUAUUAAAAGAACUGAAGGUGGACGAUAAUGUUAAAAAACAUUCCUAUGGACUUGUUACCGGGAUGGUGUUGAUGGCAACACAAAUAUUUUGUUCCUGCUUGGCGGGCGUGUAUAAUGAAUACUUGCUCAAAAACGACCGCGGUUCAAAAGUCAAUGUGUAUGUCCAAAAUAUGUUCAUGUAUGCAGACUCGAUAGUUUGUAAUUUGAUACUAUGGCUGACAAUGUCGCAGCACACGCAAACCGCCAAGUCGCUGGACAGCAGUUCGAUCAAUUUUUGGGCGAUUUUAAUAGUUUUGAACAGUGCCGCGUACGGAAUAGUGACUAGCUUACUUUUGCAUAGUUUAAACUCGAUAAUGAAAGUAUUCGCAACGGCAGUCGAGCUGGUACUCAUUGCCUUGCUAUCGUGGAUAAUUUUAUCCUAUCCAAUUACGUGGCAGACUGCAGUUGGAGUGUGCAUAGUUUCGUUUUCUGUCGUAAUUUACGCUAAACAUCCAAUUACAAAAAAUGGCCAAAAAUCAAAACCUAUUAAUACAAACUCCAGUAGUGACACAGUAGUGUGAUGUUCUUUUGACGAAUACCACCGAAUUUAAUCUUCGUAUUACUUGUUGCAUAAAUAUAAUUAUGUAUAAAUGCAUUACAUAUAUAUAUUUACAAAUAUUAAAUUUACAGCAAACUGCUCACAAGUUUUGUUACGUCUGCAUAACACAAUAUAGCUAGUAUACAACCAGUUCAAACAAGGUCCUGUGUAUAGUAUUACUUAAAUAGGUACUUAAUAGUAUUAAAACCAAAGAUUUGUAUACCAAUUGUAUGUUAUUUAUUAUGAUUAUUGUACGUUUAUUUUGUUAUAAGCAAAUUACUAUGUAAGUAUUUUUAAUUACCAAAUACAAAAAUUAUUAAUCAA